AUGAGCCCAGCGUUCAUAAGCAUUCCCAUCAAUGUACAUAGGGAGAACAGAUCAUUUGCACUUGGGGUGCCAAGUAGCACCGAGGGGCGCUGCAGUGAGGAACACAGGGCGCUUGCGGCUUGGAGUGCUCGCUGGAGGCGGCGACCUCGUACUCGAACGGUCAGUAGGCUGCGCAUGCAGCAUGUUCCCCGAGGAAACCCCAGAGAAACGAUCGUGAUCAUUGGGGGCGGCAUCACUGGUCUAUCUACAGCUGUAGAGCUGGCUCAGCGUCCGGCGGCGCCCCAGGUGAUCGUGGUUUCACGACGUCGCAGCGAGUCUGCAGCGGUGGCAGCUGGCGGGAUGCUGGCCCCACAGGGCGAGCGCUUGCCCCCUGGGCCACUGCUUGAGCUCUGCCUCGCUGCACGAGAGCGCUACGCUCAGUUCGUGCGCCGGGUGGAACAGGCCGCCGGUGGUGUAAGCACUGGCUACGAUCCGUGUGGCCUCCUCGCUCCGGCUUUUCCAGGUGACGCGGUGCACGGCUGGAGGCCACCGGCGGACGCCGGCGAGGCCUACUUUCUCAGCGCUGAUGAAGCGCGUCAGCUGGAACCUGGGCUCACCAGCGACGCCCAACUCGCAGGGGCCUGGCUUUUUCCGCAGGACGGCCAAGUAGACAACGUUGCGCUCAUGGAAGCACUCACGCUGGCGUGCGGAAACCUUGGUGUACGGCUCAUGGAGGGCAACGAGGCCUCGUGCCUUGUCGCAGCGAGACAUGGCAAGACCCAGCGAAUCGAGGCAGUGCGCCUCGCGUCGGGCAACCUGCUCUACGGAAAUGCUUUCAUAUUGGCAAGUGGGGCAUGGGCCCGGCAGCUCGUGCCGGUGCCGGUAAAGCCCCAAAAAGGCCAGAUGCUGAGCAUCAGCGCCCCUGGAGCCGCCACGGCUAUGGACUUACUCGUGAGGCGAGUUCUGUACGGAGCCGAUCUCUACAUGGCACCGAAGCGGCUCUCUGGAAAAAUCGUGAUCGGAAGCACGGUUGAGGAUGCCGGCUUCGACAACCGUUGUACGGCCAGAGGUAUCAGUGGCCUCUUGCAGCGUCUAGAGAAGCUCUGUCCAGCGCUCGCCGACUGGACGCUCGAUCGAACCUGGAGCGGUUUUCGCCCGCUGACGCCUGAUCUUCUACCGAUUCUGGGUCCAUCAAUGGAAUACUCGAACAUGUACUACGCACUGGGACACUGGCGUAAUGGCAUCUUGCUGGCACCGCUCGUUGCGCAAGUCGUUGCCGAUCAAGUACUCGGAACGUCUCCGACGCUCGACACACAGCUCCUUCGUGCUUGUCGUUUUGAGCGCUUCACAGAUGGGGCUGAGAAAGCGAGGUCGACGAGCCCGCCUCAUUCGCCUAGGAGGGCGGCAUACCCCGCUGAUGCAAGCAUCGGUGGACGUGCUGCCGAAUCACCUGCUCCAACUACAGCAUCAUCGCCAGGAUCACCGGAUGCAGUCGCUGGCGUCUCACUGGGCAGUGACAAGAGCGCCAACCCGAACGAAAGCAGCGCACCGGCACCAGCCGCUCAAGCGGGACCAGGAACGCUUGCAGCGGACGCAGCGCCUUCAUCACCUGAGGACGAAUCGGAGGUUUUAAUAUGGAAAAUUGCAGAGGACGGGUCGUUGGAGCCUGUUGCGCCUGGUUCAGGCAUCCCUGCGCCACCGGACCCAAUGAAAGCGGGCAAGAGCUCCGGAGCAGCCGUCCAAUGGCCGUGGGCAGUGCUGGACGCUUUGGACGAGGAACGCCUCAAACAGGUGCUCGAGGAAACGCGCGUCCCGCGAACGUCUCCAAAACCGCAAAAUGGAACCUCUGAAGACGCCAGCUCUAGCAAACGCUCUACGCCAGCGCCUGCACCAAGUACGAGUCCUGACGCGUACCAAAACGCGAAAUCAGCUGCCAGCCUGAACGCAUACGAUGACAUCUCCAUUGCUGGAAAGAACGGUACGACGAGUGAGGCAUCACGCCCCGCAGCAAAUGCCACAGGAACGCAUCCAGCGACGGCAUCGGCAGCGACGUCUCGCGAAGAACUGUUUCAGCGCAUGCGAGAAGGCAUCGCUGCUGCACUGCGUGAAUACGAACAGGACUGGAAACUGGAUAUCACUGACGAUGAGAUAGGCCAGGAAACGCAGGUACAGAUGGACACCCAAGCGGAAGCCGCAGCAGCCCAAUCCCAGGGCGAAAAAGCAUCUUUGCCUGCGAAGGAGGGAUCGCAAGGCGCCGACGCUGUUCGUCAGUCCAUGUUCGACGCUUUUGCACAAAUUCGCAAUUUUAUGGAGAACCCGAAAGAAAGCCGCAGUGCACCGAACAGUGACACGUCACCAGAACGAUGA